AUGAAAUAUAUGAAGCCUUUGUUAUUCGAUUCAAUCAAAAUUCUCAUCAACACAAUACCUUAUUCAAUAAUAUUGGCUGUAGCACCUAGUCGUGUUCAAACUGUACAACCACAAUCGUAUUUUCGUCCAAUAAAUAAUAGUUUUAAUCUAUUACCAAGUGAAAAAGUCUACCGUGAAUGGGAAUAUCAUGAUAAUAUCUGCUGUUGUAAUAAUGCGUAUUAUACAGCUCUAACAGAUAUACGACUGCUUACUCGCUAUCAAGAAAAUCUUUGUUCUGAAAGUUGUUCAGAACCUUCACAUACAGAUUCAGCUAUUUUCUUACGUGAUAUCGAUCAAAUGCGUGAAUGUCGUGGUGAACAACCAACGUUUUUCUUUCUUCUUUGGGUAACAUUAGUAUGUGCAUGGCCUUGUUAUCUUACACGUCGAAUUUUUUGUCCAAAGCCAAAAUGUCUGGAAAUUUUCGGUUCAUUUGGUUCUGAAAUUGUACGAGUUAAAAGAGAAGAUAUGCUAGUGGCUCAAGUAGAUGUAUCCACCGCGGUGAUCAAUAGCAAAUUAGUUGGUCGAUCUUAA